GGUUUUAUGUGGGAUGUGGCUGAAGAACUUAAUGCCAUGUUGGUAUUUGCUGAACAUAGAUAUUAUGGAGAAUCUUUGCCAUUUGGGAAUGAGUCUUUCAGUGAUUCCAAGCAUCUGAAUUACCUGACAUCAGAACAAGCUCUGGCAGACUUUGCAGUACUCAUUGAGUACUUAAAGACGACCAUUGCAGGAGCCCGUUACAGCCCUGUCAUAGCUAUAGGAGGAUCUUAUGGAGGAAUGCUUGCAGCCUGGUUUAGGAUGAAGUACCCCCAUAUGGUAGUUGGAGCCCUGGCAGCCUCUGCCCCCAUCUGGCAGUUUGGUGAUUUGGUUCCAUGUGGCACUUACUUCAGCAUAGUGACCAAUGAUUUCAGAAAGAGUGGGACAGGCUGUGCAGAAAGUAUCCGGAAUUCCUGGAAUGCCAUUAACAACCUUUCCGUAACAGAUGCAGGUUUACAGUGGCUUUCAAAGGCAUUCCUGUUGUGCAGCCCAUUAAGAAGUUCCCAGGAUGCUGUUCUACUGAAAAACUGGCUGAGUGAAACAUGGGUAAACUUGGCUAUGGUGAACUACCCCUACAAAGCUGACUUCUUGCAGCCUCUGCCAGCUUGGCCUAUACAGGAAGUCUGCAAGUUCUUGAAGGAUCCCAGUCUCCCCGACAAGCUGUUGCUGCAGAAUGUUUUCCAGGCAGUAAAUUUGUACUACAAUUACUCAGGAGGAGUCUCAUGCUUAGAUAUGUCUGAGACUGCAACAAAGAGUCUGGGCCAGAUGGGUUGGUACUAUCAGGCUUGCACUGAGAUGGUGAUGCCCAUGUGCACAGAUGGUGUCAAUGACAUGUUUGAGCCUCAGAAAUGGGACUUUGAUGCACUUUCAGAAGAAUGUUACAGGCUGUGGAAUGUGAGGCCUCGCCCCUCUUGGAUUCUGUCUAUGUAUGGAGGGAAAAACAUCAGUUCACACAGCAACAUUGUCUUCAGCAACGGUGGCCUGGACCCAUGGUCUGCAGGUGGGGUGACCCAGAACAUCAGUGAUUCUCUCAUAGCAAUUGUGAUCCCCGAUGGAGCCCAUCACCUGGACCUGCGCAGCCGCAACCCUUUGGACCCAAAAUCAGUGCAGCAAGCUCGAGCCUUGGAAAUCUGCUACAUGAAGCAGUGGAUUAAAGAGGCCAGGCACAGCCACUGAAGUGGUACUGCAGCAGCUGUGACCACUGUACCUCUGCUGGCUAUGCUGGGAUUAGGGCCAGGCCCUAUCACAUGGUCAUUGGAACAUUUCACUCCUGCUUCCUUGCCUGUGUUGCAGUGCUAACCAUUGCUUGUGCCCAUGAGAAGCAGGCAGCAGACAGAUGGAGAGCAUUCUCAGAUAACAGAUUUCAGCCAAAGUGCAAGGGUUGAGCUGCCUGCUCUGGCUUGCUUUCCUCUUCUGCUCUUCUCAAAUGCUGUCCUUUACCAUGAAGUAAAGAGCUCUUGUUCUAGGGUUGAUGCCUUCCUCACUGUGCUAAGUGGUUGUCCUGGCUGCUCAUAUAUACAGCUGAUUUAAAUGGCAGUGCUGUUGAUGAUGAAACUCCUGCUGCCUUCAGUGGCAUUGGAUUUCAGACAUCUUCAGCUGCUGUAAACCAUCAGGAGCAGGGGAGCAGAAAUCACAUCUUAAUGUGAUGCUUGGUAGAGAAGGCAUAGGGGAACUGGCCCUGCUGUUUGUAAAGAAAUCAAACAGUCCUUCCCCUUGGGAAUCAACACUGGAAAAGAAGUCAAUAUUUCCUUUUUCCUUAGUUUUAUGGCAGCUUAUUGGUCAAAGCUGCCUCAGGUGGAUUUUCCAUUCUGUGCUGUACCAAAUGGUCAGGGCUGGGCCCAGACUCACUCUGCUGAUAACUGGCUGAGCAUGCACAAUCUGCAGCAGCAUUUUGUUUCUGCCUUUGCUUGUUUGUCCCCAUUCCAAAAUAUCUGCCACUGUGAUGAUGGUUGCCAAAGAAAACUCUGGGUAUAUCUUGUGUGUGUGUGUCCCACAAGCACUCAGUUCUUUCAAGCCAGGAAGCUUUCGAAGCUAUUCUCUUGAGCAAACGUGACACUUGUGCUGGCUACAUCUUAUGAAGUGACAAAUAAUAGGGGCUGUGCCUUGUGUGGGUUCUUCCCUCCCCCCCACUUUGUGCAUUGUUCCCAUUCUGCAUGAUCUGUUUGCUGAUGGCUCCUCAAUAAAAGCCUUCCUAAAUGAAAAUUGUUUGCAGGACAAACUAUUGAAAGCUCAGAGCGCAGCUUUCCCCUUGGAGCAGCGUGGAGCCCGAUGCUGAGCUCACCCAGCCAGGUGCACUGGUCCUUCUGUAAGGCUUCCAAACUGCCCUGAUUCAUGGGACAGCAUAUUUGACAUUAAUAAAUGGCUGGGGCAGUCCCCUUGUCUUCCAGCUUUGGCUGCGCUCACACUGAAGCCCUUCUACAGAAAGGAGUCUUGGCAGCUUAAAGGGCAACUCUGUUUCAGAAAGACUCAGGCAAUGCUUCUUGUCCCCAGGCUCUUAAAAUUCCAGUUCUAUGGAAAAGUUCUCUCAGCUUUGACACACUUUGAUAGUUGAGUGUUUUCCUAACAUGGCCUUUUCUGUUUCCAGCCUUUUCCUAUCCUCUAGGAACGAAGUGAACCCAACACUGGAAUUUUACCUUUUAAAACCCUCCUGUGCAUCUUCUUUCCAACCAAGUUCCUGGCAUUCCCUUGUCUUGUUUUCUGCAAUCAGCAUCUCUCAUGCUCUUGAGCAAGGUAAUUACUAUGGAGAAAAAGAGCAGGAAGGAACUACAGGGAGAUAAGGAAGGGUUAUGUGGAAGUUGCCUGCUGACUGAAAGCUGUUGGUAAUCCCUUUUCCUGUGGUUCCAGUUCUUGGUUCUCUGCUGUAAAUGUGCCCCAGUCUCUCACAUUUGUACUUUCUAACAACAUGGGGGCUUGAAUUUUUUUCUUUAAACCAAUAAAAAAUACCAUUUUCUUAA